GCUCAGCAUCGGCUCACAGCAGCACGCGCACACUUGCAGCCGGAGAGUUGAUACACACAGAAACACGCGCGCGCUCUCUUCUCACACACACGCACAGUGACCGGGAAAAGUCCCUUCAUGUCUUGCCACGAGCCACCUGCUGGGACAAGGUGUGCAGCAGCAGUAGCAGCGGCAACGGAGCUAAACCCGGCCAGCUCCGCGAGGGAUUCCAAGCGGGAACCGCGAGCCCCCGCCCCAAGAUGAUGAUGAUGAUGCCGCUGAACGGGAAGCAGGCAUUCGGCAUGUCGCCGCCGCCGUCCUCCAACCUGUCAGAGCACAAGUAUUCCAGCCUGCACGGAUCACCUGCCUCCAACUUGUCCUCCAACCCGUCCAGCAGCAGCAGCAGCGGCGGCGGCGGUAGCAGCAACAGCAGCUCCGAGACAAUGUGCCGAGUGUGCUUGCCAACAGCCCCGAGCAAUAUAUUCGGCGGGCUGGAUGAAAGUUUGGUGGGCCGAGCUGAGGCGCUGGCGGCGGUGGAGAUUGGAGUUCCGAGCAGCAAGAAUCAGCCGUUCAAGCCGGACGCCAGCUACCACACCAUGAACAGCAUCCCGUGCAGCUCCAGCUCGUCGUCCAUCAGCAGUCACCCUCCUCCCCUUCCCUCGCACCACCACCCGCACCACCACCAUCCUCACCACCAUCACCAUCACCCUCAGCAGCCGCACCCCCACCAUCACAACGCCCAGAACCUGGACGGCGAAUUACUGGAGCACAUGUCGCCGGGACUGGGGUUGCCCACCAUCACCGGGCCGGACGGCAGCGUGGUGUCGCCGCCUCCCUCCGCUCCCCCUCCUCCUCCCCCUCCUCCUCCACCACCCCCUCACAUGGCCGCCAUCAACCACAUGCACCAGGCCAUGAGCCUGGCAGCGGCCGCCGCUGCUCACGGUCACGGCCACAGCCUGGGCGCCUCGCACGGAGUCUUGGCGCCGGGCUGCCUGGGCGAGGUGGACGCCGACCCUCGCGACCUGGAGGCGUUCGCCGAGCGCUUCAAGCAGCGGCGCAUUAAGCUUGGUGUCACCCAGGCGGACGUGGGCUCGGCCCUGGCCAACCUGAAGAUCCCCGGCGUGGGUUCGCUCAGUCAGAGCACCAUCUGCCGCUUCGAGUCGCUGACCCUGUCGCACAACAACAUGAUCGCGCUGAAACCCAUUCUGCAGGCCUGGCUGGAGGAGGCCGAGAAGUCCCACCGGGAGAAGCUCAGCAAGCCCGAGCUCUUCAACGGCGCUGAUAAGAAGAGGAAGCGCACGUCCAUCGCUGCCCCGGAGAAGCGCUCACUGGAGGCUUACUUCGCCAUCCAACCUCGGCCGUCCUCCGAGAAGAUCGCCGCCAUCGCCGAGAAGCUGGACCUCAAGAAGAACGUGGUCAGGGUCUGGUUCUGCAACCAGCGGCAGAAACAGAAGCGGAUGAAAUACUCCGCAGCCCACUAGCGGGACUCCUUGGGGCAAAAGAGCGAGGGAGAACCUUAGACUGUAAAUUCUCUCCCUCACUCCCCCUGAUGGAGAGAGUUCACUUGGACUUUGCUGCAAGGACCUGAUCGCCAACAAGUAAGAGUUAUCUUUCUUUCUCAAUGCCACCCACUGCCAGCGAAACAGGACUCGCCAAACCCUGAUUGUGAGUUGGGCUAGACUGAGAAUUUCAUGUUAUACAGAUGAACAAAUGAAACAAUGUCUUUUUUUAUUUACAAACAAUCGUAACUCGCAACGUUUACAACAAACGAAUAACGACCGGCCGAACUGAAAUGAUAGUGUUGGCAAACUUGCUGUGGCAUUGAUUUGAGCUUCAUAUUUUGGAUUGUAUUCGUUCUUUUUUUCUUCCAAGUGUCACCUUUUCUACACCUCAGUUCCCUCGGCGCCUUGUAGUACACUGGUACAGACACAUCUGACCUGCUAAACUGCCGUAAAGAGCAGGACUUGUACUCUAGCAUUGGAUAUAAGUUCUCGUGCAAUCUCUUGGUAUUGAUUGUUUAAGGAUUGCACUAAUCCUUUUUCCACAGAACUCUUCUGUCAUCAUAAGAAACAUACAAUUUUGUUUUAAUUUUUUGGCACAGUAUAUCACUGCGCUCAGUAGUCAAUAUCUUUCUGAAUUGGCUACUGUUUCAUUAGAAACCUUGCUGAUCUCUUCCAAUGUCCCUUUAAAUUUCAGUUUGCUGUCUCUCACUCCCCCCCCCCCCCCCCCACCAACAAAAAAGGUCUCUACACGGUGAAUGAAAAUGGCUGUGUGAGCAGCCUGGAGACUUCUCCCUGUGUCUGAAGGCUAUUAUUAGAUUACUACCAAAUAACCUGAGCCUGAAUUAUUCAUUCAAAUCGUCUCCAAAGUUAAUUUCGUGUUCACUCGAAUUAAUUCCGCCUGUUUAAUUCAAGUUGUGAUAAGAGCCGAAUAAAUAAAUAGGUUAUUGAAUAUUUAAUAUAGUAUGUUGGUUCAAAGAGUGUAAGAAAAAAAUGAUCGGGCAAGUAAGAAAUGUCCCUGUAUUUGUUCUUCUUGAAAAAUAUCUGUAACGAAGAAUGAAAAUUCGAGGAGAAAUGUAAAUCCUUAAUUUUCGGCUGACACCACGCCGCAUUCCACUCCUCCGCCCCCCCCCACCCCGUCCCAAAUAAAAGGAAAAUUAAAAAAGGAUUUAACACACGCUUAUAUAUGUACAAAAUUUAAACCAAUAUUUAUUUCGGCUUUUUUUUCCCCCUGGGAUUCCCUCUUACAUUCUGUGUCGACGCGCAAAAAGGUUCAAAUCCUAAGUGUAAUAUCUGAUCAACGAUACUCAUCUUUGCCGAUCGAUCAUUAAAAAUGCAACAUAGUUGUAAAGGUCGUGGGGUCUGUUUCGAUUUCGAAUACAGUUUAUUUUUAAUUCAUGCUUUGUGUUUUGUUCACUGGAGGGAAGAGGUUUAGAGAUGCGUCUGUGAAAGUUAAAAUAAAUCUGCACAUUUUCACGAUCACGGGCGAUUGAUGCACUGCUGAAAUACUUUGUUGUUUGGUACUAGCCUAUCUUUUUAAAAGAAAUAAUAAAAUAAAGGUACCUGGGUGUGUACCUGAAUAUUGUAAAUAUCAUCCAAUGGACUUGAUGCACAUAUAGAUAUAUUCUUACAGAUUUUGAUGUGUUGCUGUUGAAGCAGAAACAUUUUUAUGUGACAAGCGCACGAUUUCUGUAUUGUAUAUGGUGUCUUAAAAUUGUUUUUUCUUUGCUCUGGAGAGGCUUUACAUUUUUAUUUAUUGAUGUAAUUUAAUGUUAUUGACAUAUGGUUAUUAAAUGCCUUAUUUCAUUAAGAAAUUCUUUGACUAUUCUUUCGAAGUUCAGCCACUUUAGUAAUAUUUGACUUCUACAGUGUAUGUUUUCAUUGCAAGCUUGCUUCUGGGUAUUUGUUUAAUAUCUCUUUGGACGUGGAUAGCUUUAUCUGUGAAAAUACUGGCUUUUGAGUUCUUAGCAUGGAAUAAACAUCGUGUUUUUGGAAUAAAAUCUAUAAGCUCUUAACUGUAUUUUUCAAAUAACGUGCAGCU